CGUGCGACGUGAGGUCGUCGACGAGCGGCGCUGCGUUUUCAGUAUCCCUGCCGGGGCUGCUAGUUGUGCGUCGCUGCCCGACUAUUGUUUUCUUCUCAGCUUCUAAAAGCCUGAUUGAAUCUUGUCCGUUUGCCAGGAGCCGGACGGAUUUGGACGAAACUGAGCCGCGGGUGAUGGCGCUGUCCCCUCUCGGGACCCUCUCGUGACAUCUCCGCGCGGGGCGAUGUGGGCUCGUGCAGGGCCGGGCUGGUGGCCCGGACGGACGCUAGCGGCGUGGGCCACCCGGUCGGCGGGUCUUGGGCCGCCCGGGGCUUUCCCCGCGGCUGCCCUGGGCCCUACCGCCGAGCCCAGGGCUCCGGACAGGCCCUUCAGCUCUGCGGACCGCCAGGAAAAAAUUGAUAUGUCUAGAUUCCCUGUUGAAAACACUAGAAAUUUCAGUAUCAUUGCACAUGUGGAUCAUGGCAAAAGUACUUUAGCUGACAGGUUCCUGGAACUAACAGGGGCAAUUGAUAAAACAAAAAAUAAUAAACAAGUUCUUGAUAAAUUGCAAGUGGAACGAGAAAGAGGAAUCACUGUUAAAGCACAGACAGCAUCUCUCUUCUAUAAUUGUGAAGGAAAGCAAUACCUUUUAAAUCUCAUCGAUACACCGGGCCAUGUUGAUUUUAGUUAUGAAGUAUCCAGGUCACUCUCUGCAUGCCAGGGUGUUUUACUUGUGGUUGAUGCAAAUGAGGGUAUCCAAGCCCAAACGGUAGCAAACUUCUUUCUUGCCUUUGAAGCACAGCUAUCAGUAAUUCCAGUUAUAAACAAGAUAGAUCUGAAGAAUGCUGAUCCUGAGAGGGUUGAAAAACAAAUUGAAAAGGUGUUUGAUAUUCCAAGUGAUGAGUGUAUUAAGAUUUCUGCUAAACUUGGAACGAAUGUUGAAAGUGUUCUUCAGGCAGUCAUCAAGAGAAUACCUCCUCCUAAAGCACAUCGCAAAAAUUCCCUGAGAGCUUUGGUAUUUGACUCCACCUACGACCAGUACAGGGGUGUGAUAGCCAAUGUAGCAUUAUUUGAUGGAGUGGUUUCCAAAGGAGAUAAAAUUGUAUCUGCACAUACUCAAAAGACAUACGAAGUUAAUGAAGUAGGAGUUCUGAAUCCUAAUGAGCAGCCAGCUUAUAAACUAUAUGCAGGACAGGUGGGCUAUCUGAUUGCUGGGAUGAAAGAUGUCACUGAAGCACAAAUAGGAGAUACAUUAUAUUUACAUAAACAACCAGUGGAACCCUUGCCUGGGUUUAAAUCAGCGAAGCCAAUGGUAUUUGCAGGUGUGUACCCUAUAGACCAAUCUGAAUAUAAUAAUCUGAAGAAUGCUAUAGAAAAACUGACUCUGAAUGAUUCCAGUGUGACAGUUCAUCGAGAUAGUAGCCUUGCCCUAGGCGCUGGCUGGAGGUUAGGAUUUCUUGGACUGUUGCAUAUGGAGGUUUUCAACCAGCGACUGGAGCAAGAAUAUAAUGCUUCUGUUAUUUUGACAACCCCUACUGUUCCAUAUAAAGCAGUUCUUUCAUCAGCAAAAUUGAUAAAGGAAUACAGAGAAAAGGAAAUUACAAUCAUCAACCCUGCACAAUUUCCUGAUAAGUCAAAAGUAACAGAAUAUUUGGAGCCAAUUGUUUUGGGUACCAUUAUCACGCCAGAUGAAUAUACUGGAAAAAUAAUAAUGCUUUGCCAGGGCAGAAGAGCAGUUCAGAAGAACAUGAUGUAUAUCGAUCAAACUAGAGUGAUGCUUAAAUAUCUCUUUCCUUUGAAUGAAAUUGUGGUAGAUUUUUAUGAUUCUUUGAAAUCCCUCUCUUCUGGAUAUGCCAGUUUUGAUUAUGAAGAUGCAGGCUACCAGACUGCAGAACUUGUAAAAAUGGAUAUUCUGCUGAAUGGAAAUAUUGUAGAAGAGCUAGUAACUGUUGUACACAAAGACAAAGCAUACUCUGUUGGCAAAACCAUAUGUGAACGUCUGAAGGAUUCUCUUCCAAGACAGCUGUUUGAGAUAGCAAUUCAAGCUGCUAUUGGAAGUAAAAUCAUUGCAAGAGAAACUGUGAAAGCCUAUAGGAAAAAUGUUUUGGCCAAAUGUUACGGUGGUGAUAUUACCCGAAAAAUGAAACUUUUGAAGAGACAAGCAGAAGGAAAGAAAAAACUGAGGAAAAUUGGCAACAUUGAAGUUCCAAAAGAUGCUUUUAUAAAAGUUCUGAAAACACAAUCUGAUAAAUGAUGGGGAUAUAUACGUUUCAUAAAUUAAAAAUUGUGUAUCUUUUAAUUUUUCUUAGUAAUUUAUAAUAUGUUGAAAACAACAGAAUUAAAAUUAAAAUUUUUUUUUGUUACUUUCAA